CACCAGCCUCAGCUGCACGCAAGCCUGCUGCAGACCUCCUAGGAAGGAGUGGGACACUGCAGCAGCUGCCGCCCCAGGAAGAAAGCACCCCAGGGCCAGAGCAGAGAGCUGCAGUAACUGAGAGGUUCAGAGCGCCAGCUCGGGGCUGCUGGGGAAGGCACUGCAGCAGCAGCCCUCAGUGACAGGGACGAGGACGGAGCAGAGGACUCCAAGUGGACACCAUCUCCCCUGGGACAGCCUGAGCGUGGAGAGAGGCACAGCCCUCAGCCUGCAGGCUCUAGAGCUUCAGUCUUGAAAGGGCCACAACCGGGAGCUACUGAGCCAUGGCUGAAGGGGAAAUCACAACCUUCACAGCUCUGAUGGAGAAGUUUAACCUGCCACCAGGGAAUUACAUGAAGCCCAAACUCCUCUACUGUAGCAACGGGGGCCACUUCUUGAGGAUCCUUCCAGACGGCACGGUGGAUGGGACAAGGGACAGGAGCGACCUGCACAUUCAGCUGCAGCUCAGUGCGGAAAGCGUGGGGGAGGUGUAUAUAAAGAGUGCGGAGACCGGCCAGUACUUAGCCAUGGACACCGGCGGGCUUUUAUACGGCUCACAGACACCAAGUGAGGAAUGCCUGUUCCUAGAAAGGCUGGAGGAAAACCAUUACAACACCUACGUAUCCAAGAAGCAUGCGGAGAAGAACUGGUUUGUUGGCCUAAAGAAGAAUGGAAGCAGCAAACGUGGCCCCCGGACUCACUAUGGCCAGAAAGCCAUCUUGUUUCUUCCCCUGCCAGUCUCCUCUGAUUAAAGAAAUCUAUUCUGGGCACUGACCACUCCAGAGGAGUCUCAAGGGGUCUUCAUCCUGUUGACCCCAGAAUGUUCCCUUGACCAUUGGCUGCGCUAACCCCUAGUCCACAGGACCAGAAUUUGUAAGCAACGUGCUUCUAAAUGCCCCGCUCACUUUGUUGCAGAGCCCUCUGCCCCAGCACAGUUUGGAACAGAGGGACCAAACUGCUUCUAGGGGCCAAUGGCUGGCCAGUCUGGGUCCAGGUUUAGACGUGCAGAGUUCUAGGCACCCGCUACAGGCUGAGCCUCUCAGUGCAAAGGUGGGGCCAUAUGAAGGGGGAUAAGGGGUCUGCCAAAUGAGGCAUUAGUAACUGCAUGCAAUUUCUCUCUACUGAGUAAAUCCUGUCUGCUCCUCUCCCAAACAUCUGGCAUGACUCCCUUUCUUCUAUUCAACACCCCACAAAUAUUAGCAAAUUAGAGGAGGGCAGCAUCCAUGAGUGGGAACAGGGACAAAAAAAUCCCCUCCUCAAGAACAGAAGGGAUUUAAAAUGGGAUAGGGAGAUGGAUUUGAGUGGACAACUUCGAAGGAUGGGAUCUCAAUGGGAAAUGAAGAGGGAGGGAGGCAGACUAAAUUCAUAGCUUUGGGAGUCAUUGCAAUUCCUUGACUUUCUCAAGGUUAUUCAGCAGCAAGAAGCCAGUGGGUGAUGUCAGGUAGAGGGUAUGAGAAGCGGUUUCUUGAUAAAAGCAGGGACAUGGAAUGAUGAUAAAUUCAUCUGGGUACGGUGAGUGAGUGUGGGAGUGAUGAGACAGAAAUGGAAACAUUGGCCAAAGGGAUAAAUUAGCCUCUCAAAGAGGACGAUUUUAUAACUGAGAAGGAAAGAGAAAGUGACGCCAUAGGCCAGGCUGGGCCACCUGUAAGCAGAGGCCUUGGGUCCCGGGGGUAGUGCAUGUCCACCUCUGAUGUGCCUGUAUAUCAUCUGGGGAUCUUGUUUAAAUGUAGACUCUAAUUCUGUGGGUCUGGGUGAAGUUUCUGCAUUUCUGACAAGCUCCCAGUUGUGUGAUGCUGCUGUCUUCCCCCAACAUACUUUAAAUAGCAAGGUCCUAAAGAAUGUUUUUCAAAUGAAGGUGGCUCAAGCCCUCCUCCCUCCCAUCAGCCUCAGCCUUCAAAACACACACCCGUCAGUCUUCCUGAGCAGCCAGGCAGCGUCUAUGGUAAAUAUGUCUGACUGCACUGAGGUUUUAAGGCGCUUUGACCCAAUGCCUACAAAAUGCCCUUUUAGAAGAUAUAUACAAGAGCAUACUUCAAAAAUGUUAAACCCUCACAAACAGCUUUUCCCAAGAGACCAUUUAUGUUAUGAUUCCUCAUAUAAAUAUGCUUCCUGCUUCAAGUAAACUUGACCCAAGUGGCUAGCAAAUUAGACAAACCAUUCAUCUCUUGAUGUAUGGUAGUGAUGCCGUGUAAAGACCUUUCAUAAGCUGUUUAAAUUUAUUGGGAGACUGUAUGCUUUAAUCACAUUUAAAAAUAUAUAGCUGGAAGGCAGUUAAAAUGUUAGCAUUCAGCCACUGAGACUGAUAAUAAUAACGAUACAAUGGAUAAGCUAUUCAAUUAUCUUCUACUUAUACUACAUUUACUUAUGAAAUGAGAUUUAUCUUUGUUUUCCAUUGUGCUGUAACAAAUUUUCCUUUGAAAAUGGGAACUCUUAAGCAAUGAUGUGGUAAUUAUGGAUAAAAAUUGAUGAAAAUGUUAGCUCAUGUUUUAUACAAAGUUCAAAAUAAUUAAUUGAAAGAUAAUUCCUUAGUAAUUGAACUGUCGUAUUUAGAAUGGCAGAAAAACGACAGUGUGAAAAUUCAAUGUGAUAGUGCAGUCGAGGAAAUGAGCUAAGCAAGUUAAUGUUAUGGCUAAUAGUGUCAUUUUGCAUUUGUACAGCAAAACAAUUUCACAACUUUUUUUGUUUUGGUAACUUUGGAUAAGAAGAUUCUGGUUUAUUUUUGUAAAUCUUUGCAGGCAAGUUGGGGAUAAUGCAGUGUGGCUUAUCAUCUCUUUAUAUGAGGAUUUGGCCAGAAAAAGGUACCCAGAGAGGAAAUCCAAGAUAUUUAUAGUGGUCCAUAAUUAUGAUUGUAUGAAUCAAAUUCAAGUAUAAUAUUGGCCAAGAAAAAUUAUACACUUUUGCUAACAGAUGAGGCGGAAGUCUGUGGUUUCAGGAACCCAAAACAUUGUAGCAGAAACACCACUGUGACCUUGACACCCUCAGCCCAGUCAUCAUUCAUGUAUUAAGUGCCUACUGUGUGCCAGGCACUGUGCUGGGUACUGGGAACCUGUCUGGUUUGCUGCUGUCUCCUCUCCCAGGGCAUUAUAUUUAUGAUGAAAGAUGCUAUGGGUUCAUUUUUUUUUUGGUCAAGUAAAACUAUAGACUUUGUCGUUUCCUAUUGAGCAACUAGCAAGUACCAGAAAUCCAGGUUUUGGAAGAAUUAGCAACCCCCAGCAUACGAUAAACUCCUAUCAAAGUCUCAGAGGACAUGGCAAGGCAAAGCUAACAUUUUCAAUUGUAGAAACAUAACAGCUUUAGGGGGACAGCUUUCAAAUCAGGAAAAUAAUCUGUUGGAUCUUGUAAGAAGGGAGUGUGGGCCGUUCCUUGCUCCAUUUUGAACAUGCUCUAGUUCCUUAAACAUGGAGGAUGUUUGCCGCUCUCUUCUUUCCUGCAGUGAGUCUUGUAGCCAGUCUGUCUGUCUUGUGCCUCUCGCGUGGACUCAUUUUCAGGCCAACUGUUAUGAGCCUGACGGUACAAAGUGUGAGGAGUAUAUGUGCUUCGGCUGUUUUCAGUGUGGUGACGGUGGUGGUUCUUUUUCUGUUUCCUUGGAAAGGAUGCUAAUUAAAGCCUCCUAGGACCAACAGUGUGUACUUAAAGAAAACUGAUGGAGCACAAUCUGUAACUGAAGAGCGCAGUCCUUGCUUUGCUUUGGAGGCAAUGGAGCCUGUCCUCAGGCUUGUAUAGCAUCCUGUCUAAGCCAACUGAGAUCCUGGGAUGUAAAGCAAACCUCUGGUGAACAAGAUGCCUGCCAUUUUGUAUCACUGUCUUUUUUUCCUGUAUCACAGUCUACACCUGACA